GUGUGCAGAACCAGAACUAGUUCGGGCGUGUUUUGAUUUGUACUACGACUUGAAUUUGUUGUUAAUAAUUUCCUGUUCGUUCUUACCCACUAUUCCACCCCAGCCAUAUAAAUACGUGUAUUUAAGCAGCAGGUUUUGCAUUCAUUUGUAAGACAGUGCCCAACGCGUGCAGCAGCCACAGAAACAACGCUCCUACAAUUUAAUCAACCGCAGCAGCCACAGCCAGACAGCCAGCCAGUUCCUGAAAUCAACGCAUCCAGAGAAAUGUCUCAACAACCUGUUGCUUUCCUGACCCGCAUCGAAACCUUUAGCGCCUGUCAUAGACUGCAUAGCCCCCAUUUAAGUGAUGCCGAGAAUCUGGAAGUGUUUGGCAAAUGCAAUAAUUUAAACGGCCAUGGCCACAACUACACAGUGGAAAUCUCCGUUCGUGGACCCAUUGAUCAACGCACUGGCAUGGUCCUGAACAUAACCGAACUGAAGGAUGCCAUUGAGGAGGUCAUCAUGAAGAAUCUAGAUCACAAGAAUCUCGACAAGGAUGUGGAAUACUUUGCCAAGACCCCCAGCACCACUGAGAAUCUGGCCGUUUACAUUUGGAACAACAUUCGGUUGCAGCUAAAGAAACCAGAACUGCUGUACGAGGUGAAGAUCCAUGAGACGCCAAAGAAUGUAAUUAGUUAUCGCGGCCCCUAUGCACUCAAUGGCAUUUAUAAUCCGAUAAACAAACGCAUUGCGCAUGAUUCCUGUACCAAUAUAUCAUCCGAUUCGGAUUAAAGGGAAGAGAGGUAUGUGAGACUAUUGCCUGACGAAUUUUAUUUUGGACCCUAAUGCUCAGUGAAGACACGAAAAACACACAGACACACCUAAA